AUGGUAUCUUUAAAACAAGAGUUCCAGUUUUACGAUUAUUUUGGACCAGUAGCUGUGAUAUCGCUAUUCGCUAUCACCAUACUAUUAAUUUCAUUCUUCAUCCUCAAUUUCUUCUUCAUUUCAAAAUACGAUGAACCAACCGUUUUCGAACGUCUUGCCUCAAAACAUAAUCUAAGGCUUGGACCACACAGUGUAAAAAGUGUAAUAAGCCGUAAACAACGAUAUAUGAAGGAUAGUAACAGUGCCAAUCCGGAUGGAUCAGUCAAUGAGCCUCGAAAAGUUGUAUUCACUAAAGAACCGGAACCCGAAGUACACAUCAAUUCUGCCUAA